AUGCGCCUCCUCCGCCUCGUGAUGGAGGGCUUCAAGUGCUACAAGGACCGCAUCGAGCUCGACCCCUUCUCCCCGAAGCACAACAUCGUCGUGGGUGCCAACGGCUCGGGAAAGUCGAACUUCUUCGCCGGGGUGGGAAGCGGGCGGUCGGGCCACCCCUCUUCGUGA